AUGUCACCUCGAUUGGUGAUGAAACGUUUGCAAUCAAAUUGCCCAGCUCGGCAAACAAGCCAACGACCACCAGUAUACCUAUCUGCUAGGAAAAUGUCGGCAGCUCAGUGUAGAUGGUUGUUGGCUUGUUCGCUGAGCUGGGCCAUUUUGAUCCAAACGUUUCAUCACCAAUCGAGUGUUACGCGUGUGUUACUAUACGUACUGUUAGCCGGGGAUGACUUUUGUUCGCGAUUAGUUGUUCGGUCGGGCGGUUCCAUUGGUUGCCCCACUGUCCCGUGUCCUCAUUCGCCGAUGGCCACGUGA